AUGGUUUGGCCGGCAGUAUUGAUUUGGCUCGUGGUCUGCGGCCUUCUGUCGAAGCUGGGGCCGCGGAAGAUGCGCUUCGUGAGAGCCAAGGCCCUGAGCACUUUGGGCCAACUCUUCCAGAUUGGCUUCACGAUUAUCGCGAAGACUUCGCUGAUGCCGUUCAUGUGCUACUCUCACCCGAACGGGAAGAGCAGCGUUCUUCGAUUCAGCGACGUGAUCUGCUGGGAGGAGCAAUCGGGUCAUACGACCAUGGUCAUCUUUGGCAUCUUCAUGACCACGAUGAUGAUCCUCUACUGGAGCAUUUUGGUGUGGGUCACCCUCGAAGCACCGAAGAGGUCCGCCAAUGGCGACCAUUUCUUCCUGUUGGCCACACGCUUCCUGUUCUUCCGCUUCAGGACAGACUACUGGUGGUACGGAACCUGGUUCAUUCUGCGAGGUCCGCUCCUAUCGCUGCCGGUGGUCAUCUUCACAGAUUUGCCUCAGGUGCAGCUCUUCGUGAUGACGGCUGUGCUGGUCACUUACAUGGUCAUGCAGCUCACGACAUGGCCCUGGAAGACGCCUUUGAUCAACCUGGCGGAUGGAGCCAUGAGCAUGAUGUUCAUCCUGCUUCUCGCCGUCGGGGCAUCCUUCCUGGACAGCUUGGAGGGGGAGGCGAGGGCGGCCGCUUCCAGUCUCGCCGUGGCAGUCCUGGGCAUCCUCUACUUCAUUGCCUUCGUCCUCCUGUGCCUCGUGGCCGUUGCGUUGCUCCACAAGACCGCCAUGGGCUCCGCCAGUGAGCUUCCGAUUCUGACCCUGGGUCGUCCUCCGAGCAACACGGAGCUGCGACAGGCCCUGGAUUCCUUGCACGCUGCCUACGAGGAGCCUCUCUCGUGCAGGGCCGCUCCAGGGAGGGACCAGAGACAAGUAAAGUCAGGCUCUCGGGGGGGGAUUGGGAUUUGGUUGGGAUGUUUUUGGGGUUCAGAGGGCUUAGGCCUAGGCCCUUAG